AAUAAAAAAAAUAAUUUUUUAUAUUAUAUUUGUCAUUUAAAUAUUUAAAAGAAAUUAUUCAAUUCAAUUAAUAAAUUUAACCUCGAUGAAUAACAAAUAAUAUAGUGUUUUAAAAAUAAAUUUAUUAUUUCAAAUUGGAAAAGAAGAAAAAAAAAGAAAUAGAGAAAUGGUAUCAGUUGAAAAUUUAGAAGAAGAUAAUAGGAAUACGGAAACUAAAGAAAUAAUAGAAAAGGAUCAAAAAAUGUGCGAUAUUUCAAAUAUUGAUUAUAACAAUAGUAAUAAUAUUUUACCAAUUUUUAAUUCACUAAAACCAAAGUUAAUAUUUAAUAAUAAAAUAAACGAUAAUAAUAAUAGCGAUAUAUAUAAAGAAGAUGAAAUAACUAUAAUAAAUAAAAAUGAUAUUUUUGAUAGAUAUGAUUUCAUUGAUGAGAAUGAAAUGGAAGAUCAAAUAUCUAAUUGUAAUAAUAGUAAUAGUUUUUUAGAAAAAAGUUUACCAGAAUCAGAAAAGCUUUUAAAAAAAGAACAAAAAUUACAAAAACAACAGCAACAUCAAUCAAUACAGCAAUACAGUAUGCUUUAUUUACCACAGGAGAUUAUUUUUCAUAUUUUUCAAUUUUUAGAUGUUCAUUCUUUAGUCCAAAUAUCAAGUUCAAACUCAUUGCUGCAAUUAAUUGGUAACGAUAAUGAAUUAUGGAAGAAAAUGUCAAUUGAAAGGUACGGGUGCUCUCCAGUUGUUCCAAAACCAUACUUCCCAUUAUGGAAAACAUAUUUCAAAUCAUUUCAAAUUUAUAAGGGCAUCUGGGAUUCUAACAAAAAGGGUAAAAUAUUUAUAACUAAUAAUUAUAAAACUAUAACACAUGCUGGUGAUUAUUUGGGUAGUUAUCAAUCAGCUAGAGGUAGUGAGCCAAUUGUAAGUGGUAUAGUAUAUUGGGAAUUUUAUAUAAAUACAUUAAGUUCAAACCAAACCGGAUUCCAUUUAGUUGUAGGUGUUGUACCAGAGUCAUUCGUAAUUUGGCAAACUUAUUUGACAUCUAAUGGUGGAUGGGGAUAUUUAGCAGAUGGAAGAAAAGCAAAUAAUAGUGGUAAUGGUGUAACUUAUGCACAAAGUUUCUGUCAAGGCUCGACCAUUGGAGUUUUGGUUGAUAUGAACCAAAAAACUAUUUCAUACUUCCACAAUGGUGUUUAUCAAGGUGUUGCAUUUAAUAAUAUUGAUGGUCCAGUUUAUCCAGGUGUUAGUUUAUUGACCGGUGGACAAAGUGUUUCAUUUGUUGAAAAUCCAAAAUUCCCAAAAUUAUCACAAAUAUCAUAAUAAAAUAUUUGUAUUGCUUUAUGUUUAAAUAAUAAAUCAUUGAUGGUAAAAGAUAAUAAAAAAUAAUUUUAUGUUUUAUUUAUUUC